GUAGCUAUUUAUUAAUCCUCCAUUUCAAAGCCUUAAGUACAGAUAGGGGUAGAGGACGGAGGGAAAAAGACAGGUAAGAUUGUAUACUCUCUUCACCGCUGUUCAAAUGAGAUUGGGAUGGAUCCUGCUAAGCGAAUUUGCCUGAAGAACCUCCCGGAGGGCUGUACGAAGCGCGAGAUCGCAGAGCUUGUGCGAAAUUGCACGGGCAUUCAACCCCAUAGCAUUGAUCUAGGUUUAAACUCUAAAGGUCUCAUGCGAAGCUACUCACAUUUCUCCUGCGAGAGUACCAAACACGUCCUGGAAGUCUUCGCAAGCGGGAUCACGAUGCGUGAUCGCGUUGUUCACGCGCAUCCCGCGAAACCUCAUUUUACCUAUAAAUAUGCAGAGGCGCGGCGAAAACGUGAGCGCGCAGAGGAGCAAGAAGAACGUGAACAAAAGGAAUUUUGGGAGACUUAUAAAGUGUCCGCCCUCUCGCGUUUUUCUGAGGGUGAACCUAUAAUAAUUAAACCUCCCAAGUCGUUUUAUGCUUCACGGCAAAAGUACGCGGCAAUCGCGGCUGAAAUAGCGGAACAAGGCAGAACGAACUUCCACAACGCCCACCCUUCAUCGAAAUACGGAGCUGCUCGAGUAAACAACCAGAGUAGUAGCAAUACCAAUUGCCACAACUUUAUUAAUAACAAUAAUAAUGACGAAUCUGCUGCAGUAACUACUACUACAUCAUUUAUUCACAACUUCAAUAAAGAAAAUGAUGGAAAUGCGCACGCGAAGGAAACGAAUCCGAUUUUUUCACGAAACAUUCCUCGUGAAAUUAACAAAAUACGAAGGGGUAUAAAAGACGAAGGUGUUAGUCGAAAAUCUACAAAGGAUGAUAUUAAGAAUUUGAAUACGGUGCCCGCUGUGGCCCCUACGCCAGCACCGCCAACAAAAGAGGAGCGAAAACUAUCCAGCCUCCAGGCUAGACUAUCAUCCUUAGGCGCGAAGAUCUAUAAAAUGGGGAAAUAAAUAAUGCAAACAUCAGUAAAGAAUUCACACUUCCAUAAGACGAUGAUGAUAAAUGAUAGGGAUGAGGUUUGCAGCUGAAAUUUGCUGUUUAACAAGUGAUUUCAUUGCGAUUUGCUGUUGAUUUCUUUUUUCUGGGAAAAAAGAGAGAACAUAAUAAACCUAACACAAAAACAUACUCAGAUAUGAUCGUCCGUUUAAAAGAAGCGUAUAAUUAAAAUGCUGCAUGUCAUUAAAGAUAAAUGUGUAUGCUUGAUUUUUCUAAACUUAUCAACAUUUUUAAAAUUCUAUUUUUUAUUUCACUUAAUCUAAUUAUAGGUUCUGUUAUUGGGAAAAAAUGUGUAUCUUAGUGUAGAGCGAAUUUAUUCUAUUUUAAGUUUGUUAUGCUCAAGGGAGCGGCGAUUCUUCCUUGCUUGUUGGGAUCACCAAUACCCACAGACUAGGCCACUUACAUAGAUAGCAUCAAUGACAACGGUUAGUCAUGCAAGAAAAGUUAAGCUUCUAGCACUUGAAUGUCUAUUUUGUAGCCUCAAGCAACGCACCUUAUCAUGAACCAUAAUAAAGCAUCCACAACAAAACAUGUUUGUCAAAGGAAUUUAGAUCUUUACUGGUGAGUUUUCCUCUAAUAAAGGCUUUAUCGGGAUUUAAAAAGAAGACAGCUCUAAACUCGGAAAAAAGAAGGUUUAGGUGAUUAUAAAAAUAGAGGUAAGUCGAGAGGAAAAUCAAGUAUAUUGACACCGUGAGGCUGCUCAUUUCGUUAAGCAUUCUUCGUAACGUUUUUCUGUCAAUUUGAAGACUAUUAUUCAUAUUUUCAUUUGCUUAUAUCAUCUUCCUAGUAGGUGACAUUUUUUGCGAGUUUUGUUGUUUGCCUCUUUAUCUUGUGUGCGUUACAUUCCAGCAAUAUCUGAAAUUUCCUAGAUACUUUACCAUGGGGUAAGGAAAGGACUCUGUAUUAGGCGAAUAAAAAA